UUAUUGAAACUUUACUCAUAACACAUAACCUUAAAUAUGUUUUAAAUGUCAAAAUAACCCGCUAAAUGAAACAUUAUCGAGAGAAAAAAUGGUUUUCGUUAUAAAAAUGCCAAAUGAUCCAGAAUCAAAUUGGGCAAUAAUCGAAUUACAAGGAGAUUUAAAAUCUGAUUCGGAAACAAGUUUUAAUAAUAAAUUUAUAGGCGAUCUUCAUUUUACAAAGACUGGAACACCGUUACUAAUUAUUGGUCAUCACAUUCUAUAUGGAAAUGAAUCCACAAUGGAGAAACCCUUAGCAGUAAUGGAAAAAGUUAAGUUAAUGGAUAAUGAAUCUAUUGAAUAUGUAAUUAAAAAAAUUAUUACUAAAAAAAUUAUUUUUAAAACACGUCCAAAACCUAUUGUUAGUUUAUAAAUUAUUUUCAUAUAAAUAAAUGUUACUUGUAAAAAUACUUAUUUUUUAUUAUCACAUUGUAAGAAACAUUAUAAGAAAUUACAUGUUUCAAGAAACAAAAAAAUAAAAGUUGCUAACAUUCA